UUCAUCCUGACUGGCAGGCCGCGGUACAGAAGGAACUUGACCAGCACCUCAAAGAUACUGGCCGAGAUCUUCCCACCAUCGAGGAUAAAAACAAGCUUGUGAAGACAUCGGCGUUCUUGACUGAAGUGAUGCGGUUCCGCUGCACGGACCCACUCACCGUGCCUCACACGUGCACAAAUGACACCAUGUUGCAGGGUCACCGUAUCCCGAAGAACGCGACGCUAUGCGUCAACUUGCGCAGCAUAAUGAUGGACGAGUCCUACUGGGGUGACCCCUUUGUUUUCAGACCUGACCGCUUCAUUGCAGAUGAUGGAACUCUCAAGAAAGAUGAACGUGUCAUUAUCUUUGGCAAAGGGAAACGCGUCUGCGCUGGCGAAGCCUUGGGCCGGAUGAGCACUUUCCUGCUUUUUGCGGGACUGACGGCACAUUUGUCGUUCUUCUUGCCGCCGGGAGACCCUGUCCCAGACACUGAGGGCGUAACAGGCUUCACUCUCGGGCCUCCUCCCUUCAGGAUUAUUGCUAAACGGCGCAAUCAUUCAAGCCAUUGCUAAUAAAAUUUCAAUAUUGCGUUAUCAUAACAGCACUUCGAUAACCCAAACGGCUUGCCGGUGAUACUUAGAUUGAAAGAUAAUUUUUUUUUUCAAAAGCCAUUCAUUUCGUUAUUAUUCAAUAGCAAAUCCUAUAACUCGAUAGAAUAGUAAUUAUUCGUUUAUCUCAUUCCACAAAUGUUUAUACGAGCCCAAAUAUGUUUAACAAUUUUUGCAUCAAUGAAUUUUUACUUCCUUUAUGAAUAUAAGCAAAAUGCUGAGACCAAGUGAAAAUAUUAUUCUUCCAACCCAAUUUAGACCAGCGUCUACCCGUUAUCGACGCAGCGAUGCUUCCCGAUUAAGGACUAUUGUACCCAAAUUACUCUGAACA